UAAGACGCCUGUAUCGUGCAUGGUGUUUGGCGCAAAUUCACAGUUUUUGCUAAACAACCUACAUCAAAUAUAUGUUGUGGCCUUUCACGUGAUUGUUAACGAAAAUAGGUCGAACUUUGAACGGUGAGUCAUGGAUGAUCUGGAGUCAGAACUGAGGAUGGCUGGAGAAGAACAGGGCGAAAAUGAGUCUUCGGAUGACGAUGAAUCAAUCAACAGAAAACGAAUCAAGAAGCCAAACCUUCCCCUGGCGCCUCCUUUAUUUAAAGAGACAACCCGUGAGAUUGGCUUUCACAAGACCACAAGGAACUGCCUCCAGCACAUCAGGGAGGUCUUGCUGCACCAUAGAUGGCAGGAUGCCGCGGAGUACAUGGCCAGUUACUCACAGACACUGGAGGAUACCGCUGCAAACAUGCCACAACUCUACGCUGAGAUAAUUUGGAGGAUAGGCACAGAGAUACUACACCACCAUCCCGACUCGAAGCUGGAAGACUACAACAGUUUCUAUGAGCGAGUGAAACACUCAGGAGUAAAGCAUUACCUGAAGGUCUGUCUGGAGCACUCGUUCCAUCUCCUGGUCAAUGGGCAGUUUGAGGACGCCAAGCGUCAGCUGUCCAUCGCUGAGAGCUGGAGGUAUGGCAAGCUGUCAGCCGGUCAGUCCCAGAGGAUUAGGCUGAUCCAAGCCUAUAGUGGCUUCCUGGAUUACUUCAUCUGGUGUGACAAGAAAGCCACUGCAUCCAGCACAGAUGAGUAUGAUGCAGCUGUCAACCAAGAAAUGCAUAGCUACUUCCGACAAUCUUCUGUGAACCUAAAGGAGAUCAUGAAGCUUCCUGGUGUCUGGGAUCCUUUUGUUCUGAGUUACAUUGAUAUGCUGGAAUUCUACAACGAUCACGAGGGAGCUGUGAAGGUUCUAUAUGACUAUGCCUAUGACAACAGUUUCCCCCCCAACCCCAAUGCCCAUGUCUACCUAUACCGGUACAUGAAGAAACAUAACCACCCACUGAAGAAACUUCUGAAAGUGCUGAAGAUCCUGCAUACAUUGGUCCCAAGUCAUGAGUUGAUGCCGGAAUACUGUUCUCUUCUGGUACAGUCGGAGAAAGAGGGUGAUCUUCAGAAGGCUCUAGGUGUGGUUCUGGAUCUCCUGGACUACUCCAGUUGGAGGAGCAACUUGGAUGUCUGGAACCAUUUGAUGAACAUCAUCAAGAGACUGAAGAUGAAAAAACAAUGGCUGAAGACUUUUGCAGUGGAGAUGGGGUACAGAAAGGACUGGUGGCUAGCAAUACACUUCUCAACAUUCCAGGCCAGGAAAGAUUCGGCAGAGAAUAGAGAGCUACUGGAAGUGAAGAGCUUUGUUGUUAGAGCCUUUAGUCCUUGCUAUACCUCCAUCUACUGCGGUAAGGCAGCCCGAAAAGGAGUAACUGCUAAGGCUCAAAAGGCUAAGAGGAAUCCUAAACAGCUAAGAAAUAUAAGAAGGCUCAGAAGAGAAAGUGGACAGCAAAGCCAAGACUGACCUUGAGGAAGCUCCUGGAAUGCCACCGGGCACAGUGGCGAGAACAAACAUUUUGAAAAUGUGUGAAGAGCUUCUACCAUUGCCAGAUCGGCAGGCAUGACCACCUCAUACAGUCAUCAGAUCAGACUCUCUCCCCUUCCAUGACAGUUGUUCCAACUACAUUAUUUUUCUUGUCUAGAAUGUUCUUGGUUAUCUGCAUACAGUAGUUGCAGCCAUGAUGACCAUUCCCCCCUUCAAGAGGCAGGCCUCUCUCAUUGCACUGCAGUGUAUUACGUGUCAAGUUCUGUGAUUGUCCACCAGGGAGCACUCAAGCUAUGGCUACAUUUUUGAAUUGCUCUGCAUGCUGCUGCUCCGUCGUUUUUAAAAGAAGCUGAGGCAGAAAUUGAAGCAUGUGUUCACUGUGGUAGUUGGUAGGGAACAGGGAGGUUGGGUGUGCUGCAGUAUUAAGUCUAGGAGGUAAUAUGCUCUGAGGCAGGUGUGGCCUCAACUGAACUUCCGCUGAUUCAUGGAGAACCCAGCUGCAUUUAGGUGGAGGCGACGUGUUGGAAUUGCUAAAACAUUUGGCAACGCCAAAGAGCAGCAUCAUGGCAACAGACGCAAAGGAUAGUGCAGCGAUACAGAGGGGGGGGGAGGAUGAGAAUUUUUGUAAACUGCUAUAUCCCUGGUUGGAAGCAGCCUUGGGUCCCUGAGGUAAAAUAGAGGGAGGGAGAGCACACACCCGUGGCUCCUUCCACACCUAUCCAUCACACACACACAGGCGGAACGCAAAUCUGAUUACUUUACACCCCUCCAGCCUCUUGAUGCAGGAUAACAAAGCUCAAUUUCACAGGCCAAGGGUUCGCAGGCUGCCAGGGAACAGUGGGCCCAGCUUUAUCAUGAUUAAGGACUACAUCACAUACUCAUGUUUGUUAUCAGAACCUGUGAUGAAGCCUUCUGUUCCUAAACAACUAACUGUGGUUUAUGGCCAGUACUAUGUAAAGUCAGGAAGUUACAUGAUCAAAUACUCUGUACUGUAAAGUGAAUGACUUGGUUGUUUCAAUUUGUGCUGUUGUACCUGAUUCAUUUUUGUAGUCUCUGUGGUAUGGUGAAUGUGGCUGCUAUAUUUUGUACCAUUUGUUACUGAUUAAACACUGUUGAUUGGG